GAGAUUCAGCUGACAUCAUACUGAAGCGACGAGAACACACACACACACACACACAUCGCCAUAACACCAGCUCUUCAUCAUCAGCAUCAGCAAGACGACCGCAGGGAAAGCAAUAUGGUGAAACUAGGCAGUAACCUGGCGGAAAAGGUGGAGAGAGAGGCAUCGGUGGAGGACGGUUUUGAUAACAUCCCCCUCAUCACUCCGCUGGAGGUCGGCCAGUUACAGCAGCCUUUCCCUGAUAAGGUGAUUGUGAAGACCACAACAGAGUAUCAGCUGAAGGAGAAGAAGAGGAAGCUGUAUGUGCCCAGCAUCAAGAAGCUGAACAUAAACCUUUAUGAUGAGAUGUCUGAGAAGCUCAAGCUGACUGGGUUGAUUAUUAUAACCUUGGCGUUUCUGGCGUGUCUGCUGCUGUUGGUCAUGUAUAAAGCGCUGUGGUAUGAUCAGCUCGGCUGUCCCGAGGGCUUCGUUCUCCAGCACAGACACUGCACCCCGUCUGCUCUUGAGAUGUACUACCCAGACCAGAGCUCAAGGGGCAGUUUAUACACCGCCAUGACCCACCUCAAUCAGGCCAAGAAGAGCAUCCCCGAGCUCAGCCCGCCCUGGAUGCCCGUCAUGAAGGAUGAGACCAACCACCCUGAAAAAUAAGACACAAGUAUCAGUAUUCUAGUUUAAAGGUGAAGUCAAUCAGAAAGGUGCAAAUGGGGAAUUUUGGCGCAAAUAACCAUUUAGAUUUAACUGUGACUGUCUGGGUUUCCACUUUGUCAGCCUGCUGCAAUAGAAAGGCUGUCUGAAAUCUGCUUCAAACCUGUUUAGAUGAACAAUGUAGAGUUCAUUUGCUCCAAAAAAAAUUCAUAAAUCAAACUUUCAUAAAUCACGCUUUUUAAUCAGAAUUUAGUAUAAGGUGUCAUUGGUUACUGUUAGUUGAUUAACAUGAUCUAUUAAUGAACAAUACUUGUACGGCAUUUAUUAAUAGUUCUGCAUUUACUAAUGCAUCAUUAAAAUAUAAAGUUGUGCUUGUUAAUAUUAGUUAAUUCACUACAAGUUAAAGUAACAACGGAUGACUGCAUUUUCAACGGUGACUAAAUACUAUACUACGGAUGGAUGGAUGGAUAGAUAGAUAGAUAGAUAGAUAGAUAGAUAGAUAGAUAGAUAGAUAGAUAGAUAGAUAGAUAGAUAGAUAGAUAGAUAGAUAGAUAGAUAGAUAGAUAGAUAGAUAGAUAGAUAAAUAGAUAGAUAGAUAGAUAGAUGUUUUUAUACAUAAUUUUUACCAUUUAGUCAUCAAACAUUGGUCAUUUUUGAAUGAAAUAUUGUUUAUGAACCAAACGGUUGAAUAAUUAAUUGACUAUGAAUGGAUGGAUAGAUAUUUUUAUGCAUUUUUCAUUUUUAAAAUAAUUAUAAAUAUAUCCCUUGGUAUGAUGAGCAUGUUUUCAUUUUAAAGAACCUGUUGUAUACAGUUAAAGGUUCUUGCUGACACCAUUGAUCCUAUUGUAGAACUGUUAUUUAUAAGAUUGUAUCUGAUUUGAUCUUAUCAAUUAAUCUGUGAUUGUGUCUAAUUUGUCGAUGAAUCAUUCAUUCUGUUCAUUUGUUCAAAAUCAGACUCAUUGAGGGAUGAAAAAGUGACUUCUCAUGAGUGAGUCAUUGUAUUAUUCACUCAACCAUUUGGUUCAAACGCAGUAUUUAAAUCAGAAACGAACAACUUUUGAUGACUAAAUGGUAAAAAUAAUGUAUAAACUCUAUCUAUCUAUCUAUCUAUCUAUCUAUCUAUCUAUCUAUCUAUCUAUCUAUCUAUCUAUCUAUCUAUCUAUCUAUCUAUCUAUCUAUCUAUCUAUCUAUCUAUCUAUCUGUCUAUCUAUCUAUCUAUCUAUCUAUCUAUCUA